AUGGAUACGUUAGAAGAGCUAAAAGCGGCACAGGCUCAAAUUGUUUUGCAAGAGAAAUUAGCAAGUUUAGGAUCUGUAACGGCAGGUAUUGCUCAUGAGAUGAAGAACCCUCUAAAUUUUAUUAUCAACUUUGCAGAAAUUUCUGGGGACUUAAUGAAGGAGCUUAAAGAGUCUAUUGAAAAGCAGCUUGAAGGAGAAGUAAAUCCAGAUUAUCAAGAAAUUCUGGGGAGUUUGGAGCAAAAUUUAGCGUAUAUCGAAGAACACGGCCAUCGGGCAGACAGCAUCAUUCGCAGUAUGCUCAUGCAUGCGAGAGGCUCAUCAGGAGAAAAACAGGGUACAAAUGUUGUAAAAUUGUUGCAGGAAAGUAUUUCACUCGGGCUUUCUAAUUUCCGAGGGGAAAAGCAUGCACAUCUUCCAAACGUUGAAACGAAUUUUGAAGAAAACUUACCAGAGAUACCAUUGGUUGUAGAAGAUUUGGGCCGUGUUUUUCUCAAUGUUAUUAACAACGCAUGCCAUGCAACAGAACAAAAAUGGCACGAUCUUGAAAAAAAAGAGGAACUUGAAGGUUAUAAGCCUGAAGUUAGAGUGUCUGUUAAGCAGUCAGAUAAUUUUGUUGAGAUUUGUUUUCGUGAUAAUGGGUGUGGUAUUCCUGCCCGCCUUAAGAAAAGGGUUUUUGAGCCCUUUUUUACAACAAAAUCUACAGGAAAAGGCACAGGUUUAGGAUUGUCGAUGAGCUAUGAUAUUGUUGUCCAGCAACAUGGCGGUAUUAUGAAUGUUGACAGCAGUAUAGGGAAUCAUACAGAAAUAAGAAUCAUGCUACCUAUCCAUCCUAAAGAGACAGAGUAA